AAAUUCGAUCUAUCUGUCAGUGUCAUGUGAUUUGUAUGUUUUCUCAUCCAUUGUAGGAAGUGAAAGCAGACACUAAAUGCAAAAUGUUGUCGUUCUUCCAAAGAAUCUUAGACUGGUUCAAAAGCCUCUUUUGGAAGGAGGAAAUGGAGCUGACGUUGGUUGGUCUGCAAUACUCAGGAAAAACCACGUUCGUUAAUGUCAUUGCGUCUGGUCAGUUUAGUGAAGAUAUGAUUCCAACAGUGGGAUUCAAUAUGAGAAAAAUCAGCAAAGGCAAUGUCACAAUAAAGUUAUGGGACAUUGGUGGGCAGCCAAGGUUUAGAAGUAUGUGGGAACGAUACUGCAGAGGAGUAAAUGCAAUUGUGUACAUGGUUGAUGCUGCUGACCAUGACAAGAUUGAGGCGUCCCGGAAUGAGCUCCACAACCUUCUAGAUAAGCCACAGCUGCAGGGUAUCCCAGUUCUAGUGCUCGGAAACAAGAGAGACCUCCCGGGGGCGCUAGAUGAAAAACAGCUCAUUGAACAAAUGAACUUGUCAUCAAUUCAAGACCGAGAAAUUUGUUGCUAUUCAAUAUCGUGCAAAGAAAAAGAAAAUAUAGAUAUUACCUUACAGUGGUUAAUACAGCAUUCAAAGGGACAUUAAAGUAGUGACCAAGCAGUGAACGCCUCAUCUUGUUUUCAUUAGCAUGCAGCAAUACUACAAGCCAGUGUAAUCUUUAUAGCACAGAUAGCAUUCACAGGACAUGAGACAACCAGGCAUUUUAAAGGCAUUAACAAUGUGGUGCUUGGUUAGAGAAGUUAGAGAAUGUCCAGGGAGAGUGAAAUGAACAAAAUUGUAACUGGGUAGCUGAAUUUAAAUUAAAUGUAAAAUCAGCUGUUUUGGUUUUGCAUAUGUAAUAAGUAAAACAAUAUAUUUUGGUUCAAAUUCAUUUGAGUUUUAUUACUGUUUCAUUUUUUUUCACGCAAUGUUUAAAAGUGUGUUCUUUGUACUUGAUGUUAUAUUUUUGUAAAUGAGUUUGUUUUUAUAAGUGCUGUAUUUUUCCUGUACAAUUUUUUAUUAAAUGUCUUGUUGUUAUCAAAUUUAAGUGGAUUCUUUUGUUAAAUUUCAAAAUGCCAUCAUUUUUAAUUAUUCCGUUAGUGUUUUAUGUGCAUAAUGUCCAUGGGCAUUUAAAUACAUUUGUUACAGAAAACACUACCUUAGCAAUCUACUAACAAUCGUUGCUGGGCAAUUAUGAAAAAUUGGCAGUUUUCAGCAGACAUACAUUUUUUGUUACUGAAAGUGUACUUGCAGGAUUAAUUUGUUUGAAAGUAUAUAAGAAAAUAAAAUAAAAUGUAUAACAUCAUGAUGUAAAUAAACUGUAUCAAUUUUCCAAGUGAAGCUGUCAAGCUGAAGAAAAGCUUGUUAUUCAAAUAUUCCAUUGCACUAUUUGACUAAGUGCGGUGAAUGCAAGUAAAAGUAAACAUUACUGAGAUACUUGCUAAAUUGCUUGCCUUUUGUACUUUUUUGCCCCAAAAACAACAAUAAAAGUAUUUUUGUGCUGUUAAGGGAAAGAAUGAAUGUAUAAAGUUCUUGGGAUAAUUUUGUUUCACAAUCUUUAUGAGGUACACGUACAUUCAUGUACAAUUAUACAAUUUGUUAGAUAAUCAAAAAGUGCAUAUUAAAAAGUACUUAUUUUUAAGCAACAUUGUACUGCUGUGAAACAGUCAGUUAAAGGACCAGACAUUUAUUUACACAAAUAUGUAAGUUUAUUGUAUGUGUAUCAUAUAUAAUAGUAUAUGAAUCUACAUGUACAACUCUAUUUAGCUGUUGGCUCCUUGCACUAAAAGUAGCUUUUCAGUAAGAAGUUUCUAAAUGUGCUAGGUCACUAUUGAUUGAUGGAGAUGAGAUGGUGUUUGACUCAUUACAAUAUUUGCUUGCUUUACUUUAAAAUUGUCAAACAUUUAAAUAAUAAAUGAAGUGCCUCUCAA